CAGCGAGAGUCUUUCCCACAUCAACCCAACCACAACUUUGCUAAUCUUCCAGUCCGCAAUAUCCCGAUGCCGAGUCACAGAGGGGAGCUGAGUAUCUCUUGAUCUUGCGAACACAAGGCGGAAUGGUUUGCACAUCCAUGCGUCCUGGACUUCGACCGAUCUCCGCUCCUCCAACUCAUUUUCUUGUUUCGUCCAAAUCACGGCCAGCAAGCUGCCACCUCUCGAAGGCUGCUCCACCAACUGAUGAAAUGAUACUCAAGGUGCAGCCCCCGCCGGCCAUGACCGAAGAUCGCGUUGAGAAGCUGGCGAUAGUCCUCAUGGGCGUGACGGGGUCAGGGAAAAGCACCUUCAUCUCUCUUCUGACCGACCAGAACGUGGAAGUCGGCCACGGCCUAGAGUCUCACACAACCGAGGCAGCUUCCUACACCUUUAUUGACAACCAAAAAGAGAUAAUCUUGGUUGACACACCGGGCUUCGACGACACGACUCGCCCCGAUGCUGAAAUACUCAAGGAGAUGGUCCAUUUCUUGCUGGCUCUGCACGACAGCAACGUACGUCUCGCGGGCAUUGUCUAUCUUCACCGCAUUACAGAUCCCCGGUUCUCGGGCACCGCCGUCAAGAACCUGGAGAUCCUGCAGAGAUUAUGUGGUCCUUCCAACUUUGACAGCGUUGCCUUGGUCAUGAACAUGUGGGACAGCAUCGACAUCGACACCGCUACUCAACGGGCAUCCGAACUCCGGCAAACGUUCUGGGCCCCCAUGCUGCAAGGUAACAGCAAAAUGACAUCGCACGCUGGGACACGGGAAUCCGCGCUGCAGAUCGUCCGGGAUCUCGCCGUCAAUGCCAAGCCGCGACUUGUUCUCUCCAUCCAACACGAGUUGGCUGUGGAGGGCAAGACACUUGAUACCACGGCAGCAGGCCAAUACGUUCAGAAAGAACUGCUCGAAGCAAAGGAAAAGCACCAACAAGACAUGUCGUACCUGAAAUCGAUCAUGGAUGACGCCGUCCGCGAGAAGGACGUCAACCUCCUCCGUGUUUUGCGUGAGGAACGAGACGCAGCCGAUGCCAAAGUUCGCGCCACUGUCUUGGAAACUCACCAACUGAACAUAACACUCGAUCAGCUUAUGACCCAAGAAGAACAUCACAGAGCUCGUAAACUCCUGCCUCCGAGCAACGGCAGACAGUCAAGCCAGCUGGGCGUUCCUUCGCAUGACUUCAACUCCUUGUCCCAUCAUCCUGCACAGAACUCAUAUGCGUCUAUCCCAAUGCAGAAGCAUAAUUUCGCCGCCUCGGUUCCAACAGCCACCUUUGACUACACCUCCCUAGGUCGCAACCCUUACACCGCAACAGGCUUCCAACAAGCCGUAAUCCCCUACCCUCCGCGGGCGAUGAUGAGCUCUGGGCCCACACUUCCGCUCCAUGGAGCGCAACAUCACUGCGUGCCAGAAUGCAAACAACGAUGCGAACAAGAGAGUCUCCAGCUCCUUCUCCGCAAGGCAGAGGAAGACGGUCGCAGUCUCAAGAGGGAGUUGGAGCACCCAACCCCUGGGCGAGACCCCAAUCAUCGUCACGAGGCAGGGUAUAGCAGCUCCGAGCGUCAAGGGGGUCGCGGACAUAGUGAUUUGGAGAGUAUGGCGAAAGGCUUGAGCAAAUUCAUGGCGAAGACGGCUAAGUGGAAGUCGCUAUGGAGCUCGGACGGUGGGGAGGGUGGGAAACAGCAAAGGAGGCCGGCUCAGAAUGACCUCGCGUAUGGUUCUUUGGGUUACCAGGGAGGGCCGUAUUAUUAAAAAGCGAGUCCGGUUCAGUACCUUGGGGUAGGCAGGUAGCUUGCGUUGUCUCGGGGUAGAAUCAGGGGAAGCUCAGUACAAACCAGGUCACCCCAGCUCAGGACGGCGGA